AUGAACGUCUCCCUGGGGCACACCGGCCUGCCUGGGGUUCAGAAUCUGAAAGCAGACCCCGAAGAACUAUUCAGAAAGUUGGAAAAGAUUGGCAAAGGAUCUUUUGGAGAAGUUUUCAAAGGGAUUGACAAUAGGACUCAGAAAGUUGUAGCUAUAAAAAUCAUAGACUUGGAAGAAGCAGAGGAUGAAAUAGAAGAUAUUCAGCAAGAGAUUACAGUGCUGAGCCAGUGUGAUAGUCCUUACGUGACAAAGUAUUAUGGGUCGUACCUUAAGGACACAAAAUUAUGGAUUAUUAUGGAAUACCUCGGAGGAGGAUCUGCUUUGGAUCUGCUCGAGCCUGGUCAGCUAGAUGAAACACAGAUUGCCACAAUAUUAAGGGAAAUACUAAAAGGACUUGAUUACUUACAUUCAGAAAAGAAGAUCCACAGAGACAUCAAGGCUGCCAACGUGUUAUUGUCUGAAAAUGGCGAUGUUAAGCUGGCUGACUUUGGUGUUGCUGGGCAGCUUACAGAUACACAGAUCAAGAGAAAUACUUUUGUGGGCACCCCCUUCUGGAUGGCACCAGAGGUGAUCAAGCAAUCUGCGUACGACUCAAAGGCUGAUAUAUGGUCACUGGGCAUUACAGCAAUUGAAUUGGCUAAAGGAGAACCACCUCUUUCUGAAAUGCACCCGAUGAAAGUGUUGUUCCACAUCCCCAAGAAUAACCCUCCUACAUUAGAAGGAAACUUCAGUAAACUCCUGAAAGAAUUUGUGGAGGCCUGUCUGAAUAAAGAACCAAGCUUUAGACCAACGGCAAAGGAGCUCCUGAAACACACAAAUUCAUUGUGCGGAAUGCCAAGAAAACAUCGUACUUAACAGACCUGAUUGAUAGGUAUAAGCGAUGGAAGGUGGAGCAGGGUAAUGAAAGUUCCGACUCUGACUCCGAUGGUGACAGUGAUGAGGAGCGGUCAAGAGAAUCUGAUGGUGUUAAGAAUUGGAUUUUUACAAUUCAAGAACCAGACCUGAAGAAAAUGAAGGAUGAAGCUAUGCAACUUGAAAACACAGAAAAAAGUGAAGUGAAAGACAUCCAGAAAAGGCCACAAUCACAGUGCUUGUCUACAAUUAUGACACCUUUAUUUAAUGAGUUAAAAGAAAGGAGUCAAGCAUCCGGUGGCAAUGUAGGGUCCAUAGAGGAACUGUAUGGUGCGAUUUACUUAGCAGAAGAGGCCUGUCCAGGCAUCUCUGACUCAAUGGUGGCAGAGCUUCUCAUGCGACUUCAAAGGUA